GCUGCUGCUCCUCCUGCUCCUCCUCCUCCUCCUGCCGCUGCCUGGGGACCCCCCGGAUUGGGCGCACUGCACCGCACUGCAUCGCGCUGCACCGCACUGCAUCACACUGCACCGCCCGGGGCGGGGAAGCCUUUCCGUCCGGAGGAGCUGCCCUCCCCCCCAGCUCCCUGCACCAUGAGCUGGGGCACCGAGCUGUGGGAUCAAUUUGACAAUUUGGAAAAACACACACAGUGGGGAAUUGAUAUUCUAGAGAAAUACAUCAAAUUUGUAAAAGAAAGGACAGAGAUCGAAAUCAGCUAUGCAAAACAACUUAGGAAUCUUUCAAAGAAAUACCAACCUAAAAAGAACUCCAAGGAAGAGGAAGAGUACAAGUAUACAUCAUGUAAAGCUUUCCUGUCCACACUGAAUGAAAUGAAUGAUUAUGCCGGGCAGCAUGAAGUUAUUUCGGAGAACAUGACUUCACAGAUUACCAUGGAGUUAGCACGUUAUGUCCAAGAACUGAAACAGGAGAGGAAAUCGCAUUUCCAUGAUGGUCGCAAGGCACAGCAGCACAUUGAAACUUGUUGGAAGCACCUUGAAUCAAGUAAACGGCGAUUUGAGCGGGAUUGCAAAGAAGCUGACAGAGCGCAGCAGUAUUUUGAGAAAAUGGAUGCUGACAUAAACGUUACAAAAGCAGAUGUUGAAAAGGCGCGACAGCAAGCUCAAUUACGGCAUCAAAUGGCAGAAGAAAGCAAAGGAGACUACUCACUGACCCUUCAGAAGUUCAAUCAUGAACAGCAAGAGCAUUAUCGGACUCAGAUACCAAACAUCUUUCAAAAAAUCCAAGAGAUGGAGGAAAAGAGGAUAGUGAGAAUAGGAGAGUCGAUGAAAACGUACGCAGAGGUGGACCGCCAGGUGAUACCGAUCAUUGGGAAAUGUCUGGAUGAAAUAGUAAAAGCAGCCGAGUCAAUUGAUAAAAAAAAUGAUUCCCAGUUGGUAAUAGAAGCCUAUAAAUCAGGGUUUGAGCCACCUGGAGACAUUGAAUUUGAGGAUUUCACACAGCCAAUGAAGCGCACCGUGUCCGAGACCAGCCUUUCGAAUUCCAGAGGUGAUAGUAAAUCGGAACUGAAAUUCGGUGGCAAAGCCAAGGGCAAAUUGUGGCCGUUCAUCAAAAAAAAUAAGCUUGUGUCCCUUUUAACAUCCCCCCAUCAGCCCCCUCCUCCUCCCCCUGCCUCUGCCUCACCCUCUGCUGUUCCCAACGGCCCCCAGUCUCCCAAGCAGCAAAAGGAACCCCUCUCCCAUCGCUUCAACGAGUUCAUGACCUCCAAACCCAAAAUCCACUGCUUCAGGAGCCUAAAGCGUGGGCCUCAGUCUUUCUAUGUUCACAAAGAACUCAUGAAGAGGACGAUAGGGAAACCCACCUGUGCCUUUGAGGCUAGGGAAUAUGUUCUUUCUCUCAAGCUGGGAGCCGGACCAGAGGACUUCAGCAAUCUUCCACCAGAGCAGAGAAGGAAAAAACUACAGCAGAAAGUUGACGAAUUAAAUAAAGACAUUCAAAAGGAAAUGGAUCAAAGAGAUGCAAUAACAAAAAUGAAAGAUGUCUACUUAAAGAAUCCACAGAUGGGAGACCCAACCAGCUUGGAUCACAAAUCAGCAGAAGUCGGACACAAUAUUGAAAAACUGAGAUUCGAGGUCCAGAAAUUUGAGGCCUGGUUGGCCGAAGCGGAAGGGAGGCUACCAGCACGCAACGAACAGGUGCGACGACAGAGUAGAAUGUAUGAAACCCAGAAUGCCUCGGCCAUCAAUAACUGCGCACAGGACCGGGAGAGCAGCCCAGAUGGCAGUUACACAGAGGAGCAGAGUCAGGAGAAUGAAAUGAAAGUGAUGGCAACGGAUUUCGACGAUGAGUUUGAUGACGAAGAACCACUUCCUACCAUAGGGACUUGCAAAGCCCUUUAUACGUUUGAAGGUCAGAAUGAAGGAACAAUUUCGGUUGCGGAAGGAGAAACGCUGUACGUUAUAGAAGAGGACAAAGGUGAUGGGUGGACACGGAUUCGAAGAAGCGAAGAGGAGGAAGGUUAUGUUCCAACUUCCUAUGUCGAAGUCUAUUUGGACAAAAAUGCCAAAGGUGCUAUGACUUAUAUUUAAUAUUUUGGCGCGCUUUUUUUUUUAAAUUUUAACUCGGACGGCUUCUUUCCUCAGCUGUGACUUUUUGUUGCGGAGACCACCUUUCUAAGGACUGAGUAAUGCCUCAGUGUAUGCCAUCUCAUCCUGUUACAUAAUGGACUCUAUUCUCAUGCAUUGUACAACUGAGUUUCGAAUGGUCAGAUUCACUGAAAGUGAGUUUCUCUGACCUGAGGUCGGGUUCUCCACAAAAAAUCCAAUGAAUCCCCUCCACGUAACUCCCCUCCCGGUUUGAGAUAGGAGGAAAAAAUGGUUUUCUUUCUGUACCUUUUGCUGCUAGCAAGCGAUUUACAUUCCGACUGUCAAAAUAUUUCCUCUUAAUCAUUUAUCACGUAAUUAGACACAAACAAAGCAACGAGGGUGCAGGGUGAGUUUUUAUGGAAACCUCUUCCCUGAAUCGUCUCUUGUCUCCCGAGGCCAAUAUCAGCUGAACUGUGGUGAUUUCCCUAGUUACAUUAGGUAGCUUUUCAGUGAGUUGGAGUUGAAAGCAAACUGUUGUGUGCUUUGUCAUCCAGUGCAAUCAAGAAAUGCUCAGAUUUGUUCUGAAAGUUGUAGAACAGUGAUUGGCACGUACUAAGCACUUAACAAAUGCCAUCAUUAUCUUUAGGUGCAUUUGGUCACUCUUUUCCUUUUCACACUCUGGCUCGUGUUCCCGUCGUGCGCCCUUUUCCCGUUAGUGUAACGCUCCCAUUUUAUUCUCGCUCUGGGGCGCGUUUGAAAAAGUGCUGCAUUCCUGCUAAAAAGUAGAGGCUCCCUCACAGAUAAAACCGAGCGAUCCCAUUUAAACAACCCGAAAACCAACACUUAGCUUUAGGAGAAUUAAAUCGAGCGCUCCAGCUAGUCUUUUGUGGGCGGGGGUGUGGGGGAGAAAAUAGAAGAAACGAACUCACAAUCUUUUGUUUUCAUUAUUAGCCAAGGAAGAAGGCUUUUGAACGUUUGCAUAAGGGGUCACCAGAAAGGGUAGCAGUAAGUUUAUGCUGGUCUGAGGCGGGGAGAGGUCUUCAAUCUGGACUUCAGUGGUACUGAAUAAGACGCACUGUUAUCUGAUGGUCGCUCUAGGGCCUUGAGAGGGAUCUCUGUAGUAGUUUGAAUUGUUUUUUUUUACUUGAUCUUUAAAAUGACCCACCAGGACCUGGAAUACUAUCAUGUAAGAAAUGCCCAUUCCUCAUCUGGUCGAGUCAUACAUGUCCGUUCGUGUCACAGCUCUCCCUGGAGCCGAUUUGAUAAACACCUAGCGAUAACUAGCAGAGGGAACUUUUCCUCUCGCCCCUUUCUUUUCUCUCUGCAUUUAGAAAGCCGAGGAGCCCCUUUGUCACGGCCCAGCUUAGGCUUCAUUCAUUCAGUCAGUCGUAUUUAUUGAGCGCUUACUGUG